UACCAUUUUGCAGCAUAGUCGAGGUAAAUGUGUCAAAAAGAAAGGUAAACUAAUUCUCUCAUAAGCCACUUGUAAUCGCCGGAAGGACUUAUCGGAGCACCCAUCCCUCUAUAAAAACCUGGAUUGAUAUUUCCCGAUUAUGAUGUGCGUUUUGUUUUUGUGCGCCCGGCGUAAAAUGUUGCAACUUGUAAGGGAUGUGAGGGAGAGUCAGAGGAGGAGGAGGAGGAGGAGGAGGUGACAGUGCCAUUUGGCUGAAGGGCACUCAUAAACUUGGAAGAGGGAGAGAGUGCACCAUUCCUUACAGGUGACUGUACCAUGUGACUUCAGGAGCUAUAAAAAGCAGGCCGACCUGUCCUGAGGUACAAGUGAUCUCCAGAGGAGUAAAAGGGGAGGAGAACAGCCGGGCUGUCGGCAAAGUAGCAAACACCGACAGCCCCUUGAGCAUCUGCAGGGUUCUUGUUCUUACCGACGUCGAGUCUUUACUACUUUGACACAAUGAGCUGCAGCAGCGUCGCAGAAUCAGAGAUCUCCGAAGAAGAGCUGGAGAUUGGUGCUCUUGGUCAAGGUGAGAGCGAAGGAAGUCCCAAGGCAUCGUUCCAGGACAGCGAGAGCUCCACUAGCAGCCCGAGCGACCCAGAGGAGGGUCAGACCAAGAAACGUAAUAGGCCGGUUCGCUCCAAAGCUCGACGUAUGGCCGCCAAUGUCCGUGAGAGAAAACGCAUUAUGGACUACAACCAGGCCUUCAAUGCUCUCCGGGUUGCCUUGAACCACGACCUUAGCGGCAAACGUCUCUCCAAGAUCGCUACACUGCAGAGGGCCAUCAAUCGUAUCUCUGCUCUUUCCGUGUUCCUGAGCACUAACCCUCCAGGAAAGCCUUGCACCCAUCGGGAAUGCAACAGGUCAUCGGCGGCGGCGCCGACGCCAAUGGCGGCUUCUCAACUUGAGCCGACAAGAGUGACAAUGCCUCGUCUGGAGCACCAGAGUUACGCUCCCUGGCAUGCAUCCGUAUCCCAACAUCUGCAGCCCCAACAGGCACCCCACGUGUACAGGCUCCCCAUGGAGCAUCACGUCUACAUGGAUAGCAGCAUCUCCUCAUGCCCCCCUUCGCCACACUACCCGUGUUAUCCCACGGAAGGACACCUUUACACUUCACGUGGCCACUGUGGCAGCCCUCAUGAACAUCCGCCAAGCCCACUGCGAUUCUCUCAGGUGGGUGACGGGUUGGGGUACCAGCCUGGAUUAUGGGGUUCCUGCACUCAGGGUUACAUGGACACUUUUGUGGAGCCGUCUCCAAAUUUGGGACUUCCCUGGCAAAUGAACUACCUGCAGGAGCAGGAGCACAAUUUCUCUGUGGGCUCAGAAAUACUGUGAACUACCAUGAACGUCGUUGAACUGUUGAAUGAUCUCAGGGAGGAUUUUGGCGAUCGGUUUAACUGAGUCAUGGAAUGUAAUUCAUCAAAUAUAAAUAUGAGUGCAAUGAUCAGGUGCAGAACGAUGUGCAUGUUCUAAAAGACGCAAAACGAUGUUGUUGUCAUUCACUGAUGCUGGAUGAUAUUAUAUUAUAUAAUAUUAUAUUUGACGUUGAGCUAAAAAUUCUGGGCCAAACUGUUAGGUAUUUGCAUCAUAAGGAAGUAUGAUCAUUUUGACACAUCUGCCGCCAUUUUUUGUACAAAUGUAUUUAUUUUCUCUUUGACUGUCUGUAUAUUUGUAAAGCAGUUUUCUAAACAUCCAAAUUAAAUAUUACAAUUAUAUAUUGUUUGUUUCUGGUGACUUCCAAACAUCACAUCGACUUCUGCAACGGGUGCUAAAUUAUAUAUUAUAGCCUCUGGCCGGGAGGCUGUAACGCCGUGCGUGUAAACUGACAGAGGUCCUUUGCUGACUUGAUGAAUGCCCUCGCAAGUUCAUUCUUGUCAUGUUUUUGGAGCCACGUAAAGUUAAAUAAUAAUGGAAUAAUAGCAUGGUCACCGUGCACAUGGUUGAACUGUUAUUAUUGUUUUCAAUAAUGGCAAUUGAGGGAA